CUCCGGCCAAUCUCGCACGCCUUCGAUCCUGCCGGGUGCACACCCCCAGCUCAGCCAUCAACAACUUUCCCCAUCAUCCAACCCGAAACCAUCGCACGAAGCCAAGCGUUUCAGCAUGCUAACAUCAUUCACCCACCGUCUCAUCGCGUCCCAUGGCCAACCUCUCUCCCCAUUGCCCUCCAAUCCAAACACUGGCCCCAAGCUGAAGCAGCAGCAACAAGCUACCUGCAGACCAUCCACACCCACCGCCCCUCCCGACUGACGCAGGACAUCUCUCGCACCCACACACUAAUCGACACAGCGAUAUCCUACGUCAUCAAUCUCCUCCCUCUAAGUAACAUCGCCAGAAAUCAGUUGCUUGCCAAAACCUACAUCCUCCUCUUCCUCCACGACGAUGCAGUCGACACGCGAGACCCCGCUCUGAGGAUCCCUCCUCGCAGUACAAUCAGCAAGAAUCACGGCUCUACGACGGGGUUCCUCGCGUACGACAUCCUCGCGGAAGAAAUCCUCGCGGAGGAUCCUACCGAGGGGAAGCGACUGCUGGAAGAGAUUACAUCCUGGGGAUCAGCUACGCAGUGUGAUCGACCGCAGACGUUUGGGUCCUUGGAGGCGUAUAUCGUGCAUGGACUCAAGGAUUUCGGGGCCGAGUUGAUUCUUCGGACCGUGCGAUUCAGUUGUGAGGCUCGCUUCGACGAGCCGGAAGGGGAUGCUCAGCGUUUAAAGUCGCUGGAAGCGCUGUGCGCGAGGCAUUUGUUGCUUACGAAUGAUCUGUAUUCGUAUGCGAAGGAGGUAAGGGCGGAGGGGAACGGUGGUGAGAGGGUGCUUAAUGCUGUGAGGGUCGUGCGUGGGCUGAUGGGUGGUGAUGAUGUUCUCGCUAAGAGGAUGCUCAGAAUGGUGAUCAAUGAUGUAGAAGAGAAAUUGAGCGAGGAAUGCCUGCGCUUGGAGCUGUCGGGAGCCUUGUCGCAUGCGCAGCGAGUGUAUGCGCGGGCGAUGGUUGUCGCAGUCGCUGGGAAUAUGUUCUUUUCAGCGACGAGUCCGCGGUAUGCGGCGGCUGUCGAGGGGAGUAAGCUG